AUGAAUUUCUUUACCACUAUCGCAUCAUGUCUUGUUAUGUUAACAAUCACGUAUUCAAUUCAUAGUCACCCAUUACAUAUUUCUUCGAAUCAUCAUAAUCUAGCUUCUACUCAAAUUGAUAUGCUCUGCUCGUAUAUCUCACACUUACAAAAAUAUUCAACGGAUUCUAAAACAAUAAAACCUGAAACACAGAGUAAACGUUUUGUUAUGCCAUUUCCUGAUAUGAACAGAUUUUUAUCCACAAGUCAUAAGCUUCAUCAUCAUGAUUCGAAUUCAAAGACUGGAACUAAGUCACAUAAUAAAAAACAUGAUUUUCAUGCUUAUUUAUGCAGUAUUUCAAAAGAUUCAGAAGAAAUGUCAAAUUUUCUAAGUAUUUUUAUUGAAGAACAUGGUCAACCGCCUGCUUUUAAUAUAUUUGAAUCAUGUGAACAAGUUGCUAAACGUGAUCAAUUAAAUUGGAAUAAUAACAACAAAGACAAUGAGUUACCAUCAGUUGUUCGAUUCAAUGAAUUAUCAGAAUUCUGUUCUAAUCGAUCACAAACUCAAUUUGUUAAACGGUGGAGACAUACAGUAGAAGGACCAAUAUCAAUUGAUUUUAUUCAUCAAAUGCUUGAAUCUCGUAAAGUUAAAUCCUAUCCAUAUCCACCUGAAAUGGAUCCUUAUAUUAUUUUCGAUCAAUCAUCAUCAUCUAAACUUAGUACAUUAAAUAUGGCUGGUGCUUCUGAACGUACUUUUAUUAUGGUUAAACCAGAUGGUGUCCAACGUGGACUUGUUGGUGACAUAAUUCGACGAUUUGAACAACGUGGAUACAAACUUGUUGCACUUAAAAUGAUUCAAGCACCCAAAGCUUUGCUUGAAAGCCAUUAUGAAGAACACAAAGGCAAGAAAUUUUAUGAACCACUUUUAACCUACAUCGGCAGUGGACCCGUCGUUGCUAUGGUUUGGGAAGGUUUAAAUGUUAUAUCAGUUGGUCGUAAAAUGCUUGGUGCUACUGAUCCAGCUAAAUCUGAACCCGGUACAAUUCGUGGUGAUUAUGCAAUUGUUACAGGACGUAAUAUUGUUCAUGGUAGUGAUUCGGAAAAUGCAGCUAAACGUGAAAUUGAUUUAUGGUUCCGACCAGAUGAAGUCUCCAAUUGGUUACAUACAGCCGAACGCUGGAUCUAUGAGUAA